CGUCGUGCGCGGUCGCUGUCUGCCGAGGUACAUUUUAGCUUAGGUUCCGCAUCAUUAUUGCGACGGAUAGAGAGUUGGCUGGGUCAUUGUCGCGCGAGCAACUUGACAUGAUCCACAGUCUGCAGCCUUCGAGGCCAAAGCCUCUCCAGCAGUCCUUAGCAGCCUCAUACGCGCACCAACAGCGACGCGCCGGCCACGCGCCGUCCCAAUCCCCUCAGCAGUCUACGCCAAAACACUCAGACUCGCCUCUAGAUCCUCCAAAACCGCGAUCCCAAAUCGAAGCCAUGCCACCUUUCGGUCCCCCGCAAACACCAGCCACCUUCUUCACACCUGUGUACGACAGCGCCAUACGGCAUCCAGUCUUCUUCACCCAGAACCUGAAGAAGCCGCCGUUUCCUAUACCACAAGUCGCUAGUCAGGGUUGCAGUCCGGUUGCGAGUGGAUAUGUAAUGGAGCAAAGGAGAGCAGAAGUGACAGGGAAGACUAAGUUAUGAUCUUGGGUAAACGACACGAUGGCGUUAAGGAGUAUAAGCGAACCGUAUUGGCUUGUGUCGAAAGAAUGAGAAAUAUGCGAAUGCUCGAGAGUCAGUGCGAGCUCUGUCAAGUCAGCCUUCUGGUUGGCUGGGCAUGUUGGAUUGACUGGGACACUCGCUGUCUUGAUUGCUCUACCAAUCGAU